AUGCCCAAUGAAAACUGGAGGGAUGAACUUCAAGAUUAUGCUCUUCUCCUAGAAGCAGUAGCCAGUGGUGACAGAUCCAAAGUCGUGAAAUUGUUUGGAGAGUACAUUCUGAGAACGAAAUACACGGAGACGACAUCUGAGAGGCCACAAGAAGUGUUGGAAUACGAUGAAAAUCAGGGCUAUGAUCAUCACGAUCAAGAUUUCAACAACGAUCACCAAACUGCCGAAGAACCUUAUUACCCCGAAGUUCCCCCAAAAAGAGUCAGAUUUGCAGAUGAGGAAGACGCAUACUAUACGGAGCAACAAGGAUUUGGCCAGGAGGAUGAGGAAUAUGGAUACGAGGAAGAAUAUCGUCACUCGGCAGAAUAUGACCUCGAAAGACCUCAAUAUGCAGAACAUUAUAUGCAUGGCGGUGCCGCCGACUAUGCAGAUCAGGAUGCCAUGUACUAUGACGACGAUGACGAUGGAUCUCACUACGACGAUGAACCAUAUGUAUCCCCAACUGGGAAUGAACGAUAUGCAGCAAAUACACCAUCGUAUGCAAAUCAAGCAUAUGGUAACGACGAGAGAGGGCCGAACGAGGGCAGAGGGGGCGCAGGUCAUGAAACACAAAGCUUCGGAUAUGGGUUCGACCCAACCUCAGAUGAGUGGGAGUUUGGCACUGGAAGGAACGAGGACGAAUACUAUGGAACGACUGGCGACGAAAAUGAUUUUGGCAAUGAGAGUUAUUAUGGAGGAGCCGCCAGCGGAGGUAUUCAUAGGCAACAGCAAGAUUUUGGCUUUCAUGAAGGAGGAAGUAAUAGACUGCAGAUCCCUGGCUUCAUGAAGAUUGGAGAAGGCCCUGAAUACACGGGCCUGGCGCAAAGGGAAAGCGGGGAGGCAGAUGUCGCCGGAACCUUUGUACGCAACAUUCGUGCAUGA